AUGAAGGGCCUAGCGCAGAAGAUCGCGACCGAGGCGGCCCCGAUCAAGGUGAAGUCAAGGCCAGAGCGCUUGGCGGAAGCGGCCGAGGCCCUGGGGAUUGCGAACAAGCACUUCACGGCGAUUGCGGCCGAAGUCAAGAAGCAGAAGGCCUGGCUGCGAGAGCUAGAGGACAAGUUGAGCGAGAAGGCUGCCAUCGUAGUCGAGAAGGAGAGCAUCUUGGAAGAGAUCCACGCGGAGGGCAAGGAGGUGAAGCACCAAAGCUUCAUGCAGCAGCUGAUCAGCCAGACCCCCGAGGAGAUGGCGCUCGAAGGGGUCAUCGACCUCGAGAAGGAGCUGGAGCUGGAGGACAGCGAGGUCGACGAGGCUGCCCGCCAGGAGGUAGCCGAGGCCAAGCGGAAGGUCUUGGCCGACCUCCAGCAGGGAGCCAAGGAGUACGCGAACCAGCUGCAGGAGCACAUCAGGCGUGCGAAGGAGAUGGCGGCGUCGAACAAGGAGACGAUACGGCAGGAGGCGAAGAAGCGGAAGGUCGAAGCCCAGCAGGACACAGCCAUGGAAGGAACGGCAGAGACCGACAAGGGCGUCAGGAAUAUCUUCGCCGGCAACAUCACGAAGUGGGGCCCUACUGUGGAGUCGUGGCUUCGGGACAAGCACUUGAGGAUCAAUGGCAGCAAGCACAGUGGGCAGGGGUUUGACACGUACCUGAUCCAGGAGACCCACCUUCGCCACCACCUGCUGGAGGAGAAGGAGGCACUUCUGAAUAAGUGGGGUUUGAAGGCGUGCUUCGCGGCAUCUCAACCUUCCGUCAAGUCCGAGGGGGGCUCGAAAGGAGGCGUGAUGAUAGCCGCGAGGUCGCACUUCAAGAGCUCGUUCGUUCGGGAGUUCGCGGCAUAUGGCAGUGUUUCAGGGGCUACUGCUGGCAGCCGCGGGGUACAAGAACAAGUUGGGGGAGCCGAAGAUAUGGGUCUACUUCAGAUGGAGGACUGGACUGCGAUGACGUGGCACUUGAAGGGCUACAGCCUCGUGGUCAUCUCGCUCUGCCUGAGGUGCGACCACCCGCUGAAGGGGGGGGCCAAUGCACGGCGAUUGGCAGAAGUGGCGAGGUUUACACGUUCAUUACGUACGCCUUGGAUCAUCGCAGGGGGCUUCAAUGUUAGCCCGACUAAGUUCGCGGCGGAGGGCUUCUGCGACUACCUGGGCGACGCGCGCAUUUACACCGUGCCAGGCGACACGCCGACCUGCUACAAGGCCGACGCGGAGCCCUCGCUCAUCGACUUCGUGCUGGCGAGCCCCGCAGCCUGCCAGCACAUCAUCGCGCUCGAGGCGGUUUCGGAGGUCAGCUGGAAGCCCCACAUCGGCCAGCAGCUCACCAUCAAGGCCCAGCUCGAGCUCAACAUCACGAGGGUGCUGAGGAUGCCGAGCGCGUUCUGCCACCCGAAGCGUGACACGAUGAAGGCGGCGAACCCUGACAGCAAGAUGGAGACCUACCAGAUGACCUACUUCAGGAAUGGGGAGCUCAUCGGCGGCGGCAAGAACGCGAAGAUGGAGGCCAAGGUUCGGAAGCGCCGACGCCCACGCCAUCGACUACAGAAAGCGGACCCGUGA